CCCUUUCCCAAAUAACCAUCGACAGACCCUUCGUUCUCCUCGCUUCUCUUCUUCACUGUAAUAAAAAUCAUCCCCCCCUCGAAAAAAAAAACCCUUCGCUCUCAGUUUCCCCUUUGUUUUUCCUUUUUUUUCCGUAAACUUCGAAGUUUACCUCUCAAUUUCAUUGCUAUGACUGUCAUGACCCCUGCUGCCGUCGAUCAACAAGAAGACGAGGAAAUGCUCGUCCCUCAGUCUGAUUUGAACGACAAUCACCAACCCAUGGAAGUUGUAGCGCAACCCGAGACUGCAAAUACUGUGGAAAAUCAACCAGUUGAGGAUCCUCCUUCAUCGAGAUUCACUUGGAGGAUUGAGAACUUCUCUAGGUUAAACGCUAAGAAGCAUUAUUCUGAAGUAUUUGUUGUUGGUGGUUAUAAAUGGAGAAUACUUCUAUUUCCAAAGGGAAACAAUGUGGAUCAUUUGUCUAUGUAUCUUGAUGUUGCUGAUUCAGCAAGCUUACCGUAUGGGUGGAGUAGAUAUGCACAGUUCAGUUUGGCAGUAGUUAAUCAAAUUCAUAGCAAAUAUUCUAUUAGAAAAGAAACGCAACACCAGUUUAAUGCACGAGAAAGUGAUUGGGGUUUUACAUCCUUUAUGCCCCUUGGCGAGUUAUACGAUCCUUGCCGAGGGUUUCUUGUGAAUGACACUUUGAUUGUUGAAGCAGAGGUGGUUGUCCGCAGAAUUGUUGAUUACUGGACAUAUGACUCAAAGAAGGAAACUGGUUAUGUUGGACUUAAAAAUCAAGGAGCAACAUGUUACAUGAACUCUCUGCUCCAAACUCUGUAUCACAUUCCUUACUUCAGGAAGGCAGUUUAUCAUAUGCCUACAACAGAGAAUGAUAUGCCAUCUGGAAGCAUCCCUCUCGCUCUGCAGAGUUUAUUUUACAAACUCCAGUACAGUGACAGCAGUGUUGCAACAAAAGAGCUGACUAAAUCUUUUGGAUGGGACACACAUGAUUCUUUCAUGCAGCAUGAUGUUCAGGAACUUAAUAGGGUUCUUUGUGAAAAACUUGAAGAUAAAAUGAAGGGAACUGUUGUGGAGGGCACUAUACAGCAGUUGUUUGAGGGGCACCAUAUGAACUACAUUGAGUGUAUUAAUGUGGACUAUAAAUCAACAAGGAAGGAGUCAUUUUAUGAUCUUCAGCUGGAUGUUAAAGGCUGUCAUGAUGUAUAUGCUUCUUUUGACAAGUAUGUAGAAGUUGAACGCCUCGAAGAUGAUAAUAAAUAUCAUGCUGAGCAAUAUGGAUUGCAGGAUGCUAAGAAGGGUGUGUUGUUCAUCGACUUCCCUCCAGUCCUUCAACUUCAGCUUAAACGAUUUGAAUAUGAUUUUAUGCGAGACACUAUGGUCAAGAUUAAUGAUCGCUAUGAGUUCCCAUUGCAACUUGACCUUGACCGAGAUGGUGGAAAAUACUUAUCACCAGAUGCUGAUAGGAGAGUCCGCAAUCUUUACACACUUCACAGUGUCCUCGUUCACAGUGGUGGAGUGCAUGGUGGACAUUAUUAUGCAUUUAUUAGGCCGACACUUUCUGAUCAAUGGUAUAAAUUUGAUGAUGAAAGAGUAACCAAAGAAGAUAUAAAAAGGGCAUUAGAGGAGCAGUAUGGUGGUGAAGAAGAGUUACCACAGACAAAUCCAGGAUUCAAUAAUACUCCUUUUAAAUUUACCAAGUAUUCAAAUGCAUACAUGCUGGUGUAUAUACGUGAAAGUGACAAAGACAAGAUAAUAUGUAAUGUGGAUGCGAAGGAUAUUGCUGAGCAUCUUAGGGUGAGGUUGAAGAAAGAACAAGAAGAGAAGGAGCAUAAAAAAAAGGAGAAGGCAGAGGCACACCUUUACACUAUUAUAAAGGUCGCGCGUGAUGAUGAUCUUGCAGAGCAGAUUGGAAAGGAUAUAUAUUUUGAUCUUGUGGAUCAUGAUAAGGUCAGGAGUUUCCGGAUUCAGAAGCAGAUAACUUUCAAUGUGUUUAAGGAAGAGAUUGCUAAAGAGUUUGGCAUACCAGUGCAAUUUCAGCGUUUCUGGUUGUGGGCCAAGCGUCAAAAUCAUACAUACCGUCCAAACCGGCCAUUGACACCUUUGGAGGAAACACAAUCUGUUGGAACACUGCGGGAGGUAUCAAAUAAGGUCCACAAUGCAGAAUUAAAGUUGUACUUGGAAGUUGAGCUUGGACUGGAUUUACUCCCAAUUGCUCCACCAGAUAAGACAAAGGAAGACAUUUUACUUUUCAUCAAGCACUAUGAUCCUGAGAAAGAAGAGCUUCGCUUUGUUGGAAGGAUGUUUGUGAAAAGCACAUGCAAGCCAAUAGAAAUUUUAUCAAAAUUAAACAAAAUGGCAGGGUAUGCUCCUGAUGAAGAGAUCAACCUUUACGAGGAAAUUAAAUUUGAGCCCAGUGUUAUGUGUGAACCAAUUGACAAGAAAAUAACAUUCCGAAGUAGCCAGCUUGAGGAUGGUGACAUUGUUUGCUUUCAAAAGUCUCUCCCUGUUGAAAGCAUUGAACAAUUCCGCUAUCCAGAUGUUCCUUCAUUUUUGGAAUAUGUGCAUAAUCGUCAAAUUGUACAUUUUCGGUCUUUGGAAAAACCCAAGGAAGAUGAUUUUUGUCUGGAGAUGUCAAGGCUUUAUACUUAUGAUGAUGUUGUUGAAAGAGUAGCUCAACAACUUGGUUUGAAUGAUCCGUCCAAAAUCAGACUUACAUCUCACAACUGUUACUCUCAGCAACCCAAACCUCAGCCUAUUAAGUACCGUGGAGUGGAUCAUUUGUCUGAUAUGCUGGUCCACUACAACCAGACUCUGAUAUUUUUAUAUGAAGUGUUAGAAUCCCUCUACCUGAAUUACAAGGUGGAGUUGUCUCAUCCUGAUGCAGAACUGAGGUUGCUUGAAGUUUUCUAUCACAAGAUCUACAAGAUUUUCCCGCCUAGUGAGAAGAUUGAGAAUAUAAAUGACCAGUACUGGACAUUAAGGGCAGAAGAGAUUCCAGAAGAAGAGAAAAAUCUUGGUCCAAAUGAUCGUCUUAUUCAUGUUUACCACUUCACUAAAGAAACAGCUCAGAAUCAAAUGCAAAUUCUAAAUUUUGGAGAACCGUUUUUCUUGGUGAUUCAUGAAGGUGAAACCUUGGCUAAAAUAAAAAUCAGAUUACAGAAAAAGCUGCAAGUUCCAGAUGAGGAUUUUGCUAAGUGGAAGUUUGCAUUCCUCUCGCUGGGUCGGCCAGAAUACCUUCAAGAUUCUGAUAUUGUAUCUAGUCGUUUUCAGAGACGAGAUGUUUAUGGUGCUUGGGAGCAGUACCUUGGGCUGGAUCUUUUAAGGCCAUGA